AAUAAUUGAGUUAAUUGCUCAAGAGGAAGAAAAACUUCAACUAUAACUACAUCAUUGUUCGUUCCACGAUUCUAAAAAAUUCGUGAAGAAUCUCUGAAAGUUAGGAUUGAUUUUUCUGAAUCCCACUUGUAAGUAAGAAAUUACCUGAAAAGAUUUGUGAGUUCUUCCUAUUUUGGGCGAAAUGGCAUUGGGGAAGAAGAGAUUCGGUUCCCUGAAUUCGAAAUCGAAAUCGAAUUCGAAGCAUCGGGUUGUGGAAGAUGGAGAUUCAGGGUUAGGGUUAGGAUUCGUGCAAUACAAGAGAGGAUUGGGGAGGAAGAGGAUUCUGAUUUCUGCCGGAGCAGAGGAAGGGUCGAUGUUUGAUUCACCGAUUGAGAAAACCUCGUCGAAGAGGCUUUGCAACGAGGCAUUGGUUUCCGACAGUGAAACUUGUCGGCUCCAAUCUCUUCCCCAAGACAUUCUGGUUAGGGUUCUCUGUCAUGUCGAGCACGACGACUUGAAACAGUUGUUUCAUGUGUCAAAGACAGUAAGAGAAGCUACAUUGAUCGCGAAGCAGUCGCAUUUCGCGUACAGCACGCCGAAGAAAACGUUGGUUUUCCAUGGCGGAUUCAAUUCAGACGAGCCAACUGAUUCUGGGGAUGAGAUCGAAGCCCCGGGAGCUCCCAGGUUAAAGAGGUUUGGUCGGUCACUGAUAACCAGUAAGGAAGUUUCUGGAAUCUCAGUGUCUCUAUUCACCUGAGCUUGACACACAGAAUGAAAGAUUAGGACACGGAGAAGAUGAUUUUGGUGCAGCCGAUUCUUCAAAACUUUUCGUUGAAGAUCAGUUAAAAAGGGUUUGCUGUUUUCUUGUUCAUGGGUUUGGUUCUGUAAAUUACAUUUGAUAGGUGUAGAUAGAUAGAUUUGUCCAUGUCUGAAUCAUAAUGUAAAGUCAUGAACUCGGUGAUGUAUAUUUUAUAUGGAGUUUGAUCCAAUAAAAGAAACAUAUUGUUUCUUA